UCAAACAGCAACCGCAGGUCGCUGCAGCACUGUGCAGUACGUGCGUUCAACCUGAGGCGCGUAUUUCCGCUCAUGCGGUACCAGUGGACCAAUCUGGAUUACGACCAAACCUUGCAGCAAGUGGAUAGUAUCACACGGUUUACCUGAGCCCACUUAGUCCAUCCAAAUGCAAUCUAAGAGCACGAUUGCAGGCUCUCCAUGUGUAUGACUUGAAGAUCGUAGAUUGUGUGCAACGGCGGUUUACUCGAACGGCCAGUUUUUUCGUGAGGUCAUCAGCGGGGGACCAGGACUCAUUGUGCAAGAGGAAGCGACGGAAGUAACGUUUGAAGUUUGGUUUCAGGAUGGACUCCUUGUACAGUCCGUUAGCUUUGGGCGUGCUGGCCGGGGUCGGUUGUGGACUCUGCUUUGGAUGGUACCUACGAGGUCGAUUCAGUUGGCCCGCCCGUGGACCGGUGGCAGCUUGUGGAAACACCAGCAGUGCCACUGAAAGCAGUGUUAUGGGAGAGAGUGGCGAAUUCAAAAUGAUCCUUGUAGUCCGGACUGACCUCAAAAUGGGCAAAGGCAAAGUGGCAGCUCAGUGCUCUCAUGCCGCAGUGUCUGCUUACAAGCAGGUCCAGCGCCGAAAUCCCGAUCUUCUAAAGCAGUGGGAAUACUGUGGUCAGCCCAAAGUAGUGGUCAAGGCUCCAGAUGAAGAAUGCCUUUUAGAACUGUUGACCCAUGCAAAAGAAGUUGGGCUGCCAGUCAGCCUUAUUCAAGAUGCUGGAAGAACCCAAAUUGCUCCAGGUUCAAGGACUGUUCUUGGGGUUGGACCAGGGCCUGCAGAUCUUGUGGACAAAGUAACGGGACACUUGAAACUAUACUAGACGCUGAGGUCACUGGAGACAGCAUCUCCUAGAUUGUCCAAAGUUUCUAGAAUUGUGCAAAUUCUCCAUCUGUGUUUUUUCGAAAAGGAGGUAAUUUGGGAUGAAAUGAUGUAUUAAAAAAAAAAAACAUAACACA